AUGAUAGACAGAAACAGUUACACUCUUCAAUUCAAUCUUUGUUCUUCUGGGCAUAAACAGGAUUUUAUAACGACUUGGAGAUUUGUGAUGGAUAAUGGUGGGGUGUCCAAUGAGAAUAUAGGAGGGUCUUAUGAGGUUUUCCAUGAUGAUGCUGUUGGUGCUACUGUUAGUGUAUUGCCUUCGGAUUCGGUUGAAGGAAUUCAUGAUGAUGCGGAAGAACUUGAUAUUUUUCUAGAGGCAAUUGGGGUUGCUGAUGAGUGUGUUCAAGUGUUGGAGGAUGAAGAGGAAGUUGAAGUGGAGAAUGGAUUCUCUGGUUUGUUGAGUGAGAGGUUUGAAAAUGAGGAUCUUGAAUACGUCACUCCCAAACAAAAUGGUGGUAUGCUUUUUCAAAAUAAGGUGGAUUAUGAUGUCGAUGGGUUUCAUACAUAUUCUGGAUCCAAUAAGAGCAUGAGAGAUGGUGGCUUGAAUACUGAACUCAGGGAUGAUAAAAUAAUAAAGGAACAAUGUAAUGCUUCCGGUGCUCCUUAUAGUGAAAUCCAAGAUGAUAAAGUGCAUAUUAGUUCAGCUCACGCUGGUUUAGAGCUUCUCGAUAAAACAUUUAUUGAAGUGGAGGGUGAAACCAUUGGCACUGGUGUAGUCCAUGAGGAUAAAAAUGGCGAAGAAAUUGGAAUAUCUGGUUGUCAAAGUAUUGAAUGCAAAGAUUAUAGUAACGAUGAAGAUAAGGAUGCUAACACUGAAACAGAUUCAGGGCAUCAGGAAACAGUUGGUGAAAUAGGAGGAUCUUCUCCGGCUGUCGAGAGAACAGUGGUUGAAACUACUGGAAGAUCAUCUCUAUCAGGAAAUCCUUUUGUCAAUGAGAUGGUUCAGUCUACUGCAUCUGUAUUUGACGAACAAAGUGUCAAGGAUUACCCGUCUAAAAGUUCUAAUGAAGAAAACCAAGGAAAUUAUGAAAACUUAUCUUCUGUUGGAGAACCUAAAAAGAUACCAGAGAAUAAUGCAGAGAACAAGGAAACCAAACAGAUUGCUGAAGAACAGAAACGUGAGCCUGUUUCCUCAUCUGGAAAAUCUGUUGCAGCUAGCACCCCGCUUGUCCGUCCUGCUGGCCUUGGAUCUGCAGCUCCGCUAUUGGAACCUGCUGCCCGGGUGGUGCAGGAGCCGCGGGUGAACUAUAUGGUAUCUAAUACACAACCCCGAAAAUUGGAAGACUCCUCAAUUGGGGAGGCUGAGGAGUAUGACGAGACUCGAGAAAAACUUCAAAUGAUUAGGGUGAAGUUUUUGCGGCUAGCUAAUAGGCUUGGGCAGACACCCCACAAUGUUGUUGUAGCACAAGUUCUAUAUAGAUUAGGACUGGCCGAACAACUCAGAGGGAGGAAUGGGGGCCGUGUUGGCGCUUUUAGCUUUGAUCGUGCAAGUGCAAUGGCCGAGCAACUUGAAUCAGUUGGUCAAGAACCACUUGAUUUCUCUUGUACAAUAAUGGUUCUUGGAAAGACAGGAGUUGGAAAAAGUGCGACUAUCAAUUCUAUCUUUGAUGAGGUUAAAUUUAAUACUGAUGCUUUUCGUACGGGAACAAAAAAGGUUCAGGAUGUUGUAGGAACAGUACAGGGCAUUAAAGUGCGGGUCAUUGAUACGCCAGGACUUCUACCUUCUUGGUCAGACCAGCGAUAUAAUGAGAAGAUCCUCCUCUCUGUCAAGCGCUUUAUUAAGAAAACUCCACCUGAUAUUGUGCUGUAUCUUGAUAGGUUAGAUAUGCCGAGCCGAGACCUUAGUGACAUGCCACUCUUACGCACAAUAACCGACAUUUUUGGACCAUCCAUAUGGUUCAAUGCUAUCGUGGGUUUGACUCAUGCAGCAUCUGCCCCACCGGAAGGCCCUAAUGGUACUCCUUCCAGUUAUGACAUGUUUGUCACACAGCGCUCUCAUAUUGUGCAGCAAGCCAUUCGACAAGCAGCUGGCGAUAUGCGUCUCAUGAAUCCUAUAUCAUUGGUGGAGAACCACUCUGCAUGCAGAACUAAUACAGCCGGCCAAAGAGUGUUGCCAAAUGGCCAGGUUUGGAAACCUCAUCUGUUGCUCUUAUCGUUUGCGUCAAAAAUUCUGGCUGAAGCAAAUGCUCUUCUUAAGUUACAAGACAGUACACCUGAAAAACCUUACACAGCUCGUGCAAGAAUGCAACCAUUACCAUAUCUUCUGUCAUCCCUUCUGCAGUCAAGACCACAAUUAAAGUUGCCAGAGGAGCAAUUUAGUGAUGAGGACAAUCUCGAUGACGAUCUUGAUGAGCCAUCAGAUUCUGGUGAUGAAACAGACCCUGAUGACUUGCCACCAUUUAAACCUUUGACAAAAGCCCAGAUCAGAAGCCUUUCUAGAGCUCAGAAGAAAGCAUAUCUGGACGAGGUUGAGUAUCGAGAAAAACUCUUCAUGAAGAAACAAUUGAAGUAUGAAAAAAAGCAACGGAAGAUGAUGAAGGAAAUGGCCGAAUCAGCGAAAGACCUGCCAAAUGAUUAUGAUCAAAAUUUGGAGGAAGAAAGUGGUGGUGCAGCUUCUGUUCCUGUUCCCAUGCCAGAUAUGUCCUUGCCUGCUUCAUUUGACUCUGAUACUCCCACUCACCGGUAUCGUUUUCUUGAUUCAUCCAACCAGUGGCUUGUAAGACCUGUCCUCGAAACUCAUGGAUGGGAUCAUGAUGUGGGUUAUGAAGGCUUAAAUGUAGAAAGACUGUUUGUUCUUAAAGACAAGAUACCCUUCUCUUUUAGUGGUCAGGUCACCAAGGAUAAAAAGGAUGCUAGUGUUCAGAUGGAAAUGGCAAGUUCAGUUAAGUACGGAGAAGGGAAAGCAACAUCGUUAGGUUUUGAUAUGCAGACUGUUGGGAAAGACUUAGCUUAUACGUUACGUAGCGAGACAAAAUUUUGUAAAUUUAGGAGAAAUAAGGGAACUGCUGGUCUCUCAUUUACUCUCUUGGGCGAUUCCUUGUCAGCUGGAAUCAAAGUCGAAGAUAAGUUGAUUGCUAAUAAGCGAUUCCAGUUGGUUAUUGCUGGUGGUGCAAUGACUGGGCGUGAUGAUGUUGCGUAUGGUGGCAGUUUGGAGGCCCAGUUGAGAGAUAAAAAUCAUCCUCUAGGACGGUCGUUAUCAACACUUGGGCUCUCCGUCAUGGACUGGCAUGGAGAUCUGGCUGUUGGGUGCAAUUUACAGUCACAGACUCCCAUUGGACGGUAUACAAACCUUGUUGUGCGAGGCAAUUUGAACAAUCGUGGGGCUGGACAAAUAAGCAUCCGAUUAAAUAGUUCAGAACAACUUCAAAUUGCUUUGAUUGGCCUUAUUCCUCUACUUAGGAGGGUUAUUGGUUAUUCUGAACAACUGCAGUUUGGACAAUGA